UUUGAAGCCCCACACAAGAAGUCCAAACUCCAAACUCCAAAGAGAGGGUGAGACAAGUUUGCUGGGACAACAUCUUGGGUACCACAGAAUGAAUUUCUCAAUCUGAAAUAUUUUCAACUAGGGACAGCCAUAAAGCAAGCCAAACAGACUAAUCAAUCAGGUUUCUUCAUUGAGAAGGAGAAAAGAAAGAGAUAGAGACACCCCAUGAAAGAUAAAAAGUUGCAAAGAGGAUCAUAUCUGAGAAAAAGACUGGACCCUCUUGUGCCAACUUACAACAUAGAUUAGAUAUAUAGACUCCUAUUUAUCCCAAACACAUACAACUAUAAGGUAAACAAACACACAUGACACCUUAUACAUAGCACUUUACAAAUUCUUCAGCUCUAGUAUAAUCCAUGCUAGAGCAAUUGCAACACCAAUUUUUGUUCAUGUAAAUUCAAUUUGAGUUAUAACAAGGUUUCGGCUUCAGGGAAGAUGAUAAUGGUCUAAAAAUAGCCUUGCAUGGCGAGCCACAGAAUUGGAGAACUUGGUUUGUCUGAGUCAGGACCUUCAAGUCACCACCACAUCCCUUAUGGAGUGCUUCAUGGGAUUAACACUUCUGCAUCAAGUUUAAUCAAUCAAGGAUCUGCUUUUGAUUUUGGGGAGCUGGAAGAAGCAAUUGUUCUGCAUGGAGUUAAGGGUGGAAAUGAUGAGAGCAAAGCAUCUUUAUUCACAGGCAGACCUGCAGCUACACUGGAAAUGUUCCCUUCAUGGCCAAUGAGAUUCCAGCAAACCCCAAGAGGCGGUUCAAAGUCAGGAGGUGAAAGCACUGACUCAGCCCUUUCAAGCAAAACGGAGCCCCCCUUUGAGGCAGAAUCUCCAAUAAGUAAAAAGGCAUCUUGUUCAGAUCAUCAGGCUUUUUUUGAUCUGCAGCAACUUCGACAGGAGAUGGCAAGUGAUGCCCCAAGAACAGCCUCUACACAGAAUCAAUCAGCAGCCAAAUCACCUCAAGAAAAGAGAAAGGGAGCUGGUUCUACAUCAGAGAAACCACUUGAUGCAAAGACUUUGAGACGUUUAGCUCAAAACAGAGAGGCUGCAAGGAAAAGCCGUCUCAGGAAAAAGGCUUAUGUGCAGCAGCUAGAGUCAAGUAGAUUAAAGCUUACCCAGCUAGAACAAGAACUUCAAAGAGCACGCUCUCAGGGCUUGUUUGUGGAUUGUGGUGGUGUUGGAAGUAAUGUAAGCUCCGCAGGAGCCGCAAUGUUUGACAUGGAAUAUGCAAGAUGGUUAGAAGAAGAACAGCGUCUGAUGGGGGAGCUGCGAAACGGGUUGCAGGCACCAUUGUCAGAUAGUGAUAUGAGAGUUAUGGUGGAUGGAUAUCUUUCACACUAUGAUGACAUUUUCAGGCUCAAAGCUGUUACUGCUAAAUCUGAUGUUUUCCACCUUAUCAAUGGCAUGUGGACUUCCCAAGCUGAACGCUGCUUCCUCUGGAUUGGUGGUUUUAGACCCUCUGAUCUCAUCACGAUGCUGAUCCAACAGUUGGAGCCACUAGCUGAGCAACAGAUAAUGGGUAUGUAUGGGCUGAGACAUUCAUCACAGCAAGCAGAAGAAGCUCUAUCUCAGGGCCUUGAGCAGUUGCAACAGUCUCUGGUGGACACAAUAGCUGGAGGCCCAGUCGUUGAUGGUGUGCAACAAAUGGUUGUUGCUAUGGGCAAACUCGCCAAUCUUGAAGGAUUUGUUCGCCAGGCUGAUAAUUUGAGGCAACAGACUCUUCAUCAGUUAUGUCGAUUACUGACAGUUCGUCAAGCAGCACGCUGCUUUAUUGUCAUUGGAGAAUACUAUGCACGUCUUCGUGCCCUUAGUUCUCUUUGGGCAUCAAGACCUAGAGAGACCUUGAUUAGCGACGACAACUCAUGCCAAACAACUACGGAAAUGCAAAUAGUCCAACAUUCUCAGAAUCAUUUCUCAAGUUUCUGAGAGAUGUAAUUAAACCACAUAUUUAGCCUGAAAGAAGUUGCUGCUGCUGCUGCUGUUAGUGGAUUUCGUCAGCGACUUCUAGAAGAAAAAUAUUUAUUUUAUUUUUCUUUUCAAUUAUGCUCCCUUGUGUCUCUAUGUUUUAUUGUAAAUGUAAAUUUAGUUUUUAUGUGCAUGAUGAGGAAGCUCCUACUUUAGCUAAAGAGAAAUACAAAAAGAAAAAAAAAAGAAGUUUAUGAGAUGGUGCAUGUGGAUGUAAAUAGGAAGCUCCUACUUGCUUCUUUUUCUUCUAACUUUCAAAACUUUUAAUGUAUUAAUUUACAUAUGUAUACCUCACAUAUUGGUUAA